GAGGAGGAGCCUGUGGGUGUGGGACUCCUAACAAAGGAGACGGACUCACACCAACUCUGGAGAACUGAAGGGAAGACAGCUGGAAGCAAUCCUCAAGUCCUGGACUUUUCUAACUUUUCAUUCAGGAUUCCUGUUCAUGACUUCUGUCGGCGGUGUGGGUCGAUCCGUCAGCUGGGAGAUGUGUGUGCUACUGUGACGUUCCUGACAUGUGUGCUGGUGUGUUUGGGAUGGAAAGCUUGUGCUGUCAAGACCUACAGUUGUGCUCUUAGGUCUUCACCAUGGGGGGUUGCCAUAGCUACCCCUCAGCCACCAAGGCGGACGACAGCGCGCUUCAUCCUUCUGAGGCCGACAACGAAAAACUGGGGAUCAACAACAACAACCUGGAGGAGCGUCCGUACCUGCAGCAAGAGUACGUCUGUCAGCAGAUCACACAGGUGGACAUGCUGACCCUCACGCGGCUGCCCUCUGGCGUGGACAAGGCAGAGUGGCUCGCCAACAACACAGUGGCAUUUUUCAAGCACAUAAACCUGUUCUCCAGCGCUCUGUCUGAGUUCUGCACGCCCAGCACCUGCCCCAACGCAUGUGGACCUGGCAACACAGUUUACUUCUGGAACGACGACCACGGCAGGAAACUCAAGUGCUCUGCUCCUCUCUAUUUCGACUACGCCAUGUCAUACAUUCAAGAGCUCCUCACGGAUGAAGAUGUUUUCCCUACCAGAGCUGGCUCGGUGUUUCCAACAGGCUUCAUCUUCUUGGUCCAUAAAGUCUUCAUGUUGUUGUUCAGGACUCUGGCUCACAUUUACUGGGCCCACUACAGAGAGACUCUGGCUCUGGGACUGCACCCCCACCUCAACACACUGUUUGCACACUUCACGCUCUUCUGCCAGCAGCAUGAACUUCUGGAUCCAGAAGAGACUGAACCGCUCCAGGACCUCAUCACGGCUCUGCGGCACCAAGAACAACCUUGAAAGUGAAACCACACACAUAUUGCAUGCUCGUCUCCUCCGCCACAACCAGAUUUAUGUUCGAGUCAGUGACUUUCCUCCUCGUGCCCAAGUUGCGGCGCAUGGAUUGAGAACAUCUGGUAUUUGAACCGAAGAGAAAAAAACAGUUUUUGCUUUGAAAAGUGAAGAAUCUGAUUCUGCCCUUGUUGUACAUUGAGACAGUUGUUUGAUGUUGCAUGUUGAUGUAUUUCUAAUUAUCUAUUUUAUUUCAGAGACGAAGAUCCUCAUGGUCGUAUACAGGAAAUUCAAAUGUUACACAAAUAAACUGAGGAAUUAAUAUUUGUCUU